CAUCCAUCUCUCUCUUUGCCUCUAUGACUUCCACUUACAGGCUUGUUCCUUCUAUUCUUAUAUCUCUAUGCUGAAGACCGAAUAAAUUGGUAUGACAUCGAAUGAAAACAGCUAUUGUGAAUUAAUCGAAUUUCCAAAUAUCGAAAAAGUAGUCGAUACUUUAACAAGAAAGGAACUGAAAGAAUAAUCGCAAUCGCCGGGUUGUUGAGUGAUGUUGGAGGUUCGUCUUAAGAUCGCUUAAAACCAUAAUGACAGUAAGAGAGGUCGCCAUUGUCGUCUUUUCUGUGCGGUCGUCGAUGAUGGAACAACCGUGGACACACCUAUAAAGAAUUAGUUGAAAUUAACCAAAACAGGUCAUAUUUCUUGUUGGUGCGAUCCAAUCAUUGAAAACAGGUUGAAUAUAUCGUUGAUAUACGUGAGUUAAACUGCGAAACAUUGAAUCCAACAGCUUGGUCAAGUUGAUCAGACAGAAUCAAGCUAUCAAAGGCUAGUCGAUUGAAAGAAUUGACUGUGAGAUUAAUUACGGUGAUUCAGUGUCAUGAAACCAGGAGAGUCGAUUGACUGGUGAAUCACAGUGUGAAUGUCGCGAAAAAGCCUUUGAAUUGCAAAUAUGUCGGGAACUCUGAAGCCCUAUUUGACAGCAGUGAGACGUACGCUUACUGCUGCCAUGUGCCUGGAAAACUUUUCCUCUCAAAUAGUAGAAAAGCACAAUAAGCCUGAAGUGGAAGUAAGAGCAAGCAAGGAAUUGCUUUUAACACCUAUCUUGAUAAGUAGAAACGAUAAGGAAAAAGUUUUAAUAGAAUCUAGUAUAAACAGUAUGAGAAUAAGUAUUGCCGUGAAACAAGCCGAUGAUCUGGAAAAGAUUCUUUGUCAUAAUUUUACCAGAUUUAUGACAAUGAGAGCUGAACAUUUUAUGAUCCUCAGAAGAAAACCGGUUGAGGGCUACGACAUUAGCUUUUUAAUCACUAAUAUUCACGUUGAGCAAAUGUACAAACACAAAAUAGUAGAUUUUGUUAUUCACUUUAUGGAGGAGAUUGAUAGAGAAAUCAGCGAAAUGAAGUUGUCGGUUAAUGCUAGGGCACGUAUAUGUGCCGAGGAAUUUUUGAAAAGGUUUUAAUCCGUCGUCGCUUAUGAAUCGAUCAGCGUGAGGGUCAGACACGCUAUUAUUAUCGAUGUCAUCGUACAAUUUUUGAUAACUUUGAGAAGUUGGAAAACGUUUUUAUAAAAUAUUCAACAAGUUUCCUUAUCACCGCCCGCAUUCUUUCUACAUUGAACAUGCAUAAAACGCGUUAUUACGAUAAGAAAUUGAUUCUUUAUAUCUAAAAAUCACAUGAUAAAAAGGACACUGUUUAAACUUUUGCAUGAGAUGACAUUUUAGGCAUUCUUAUGUUAUCAGUGUUAUCAGUAUAGCACUCGCUUAAAACAAUCAUCACCUACAUGAUCGUGGAAGUAAUAGCCGGGCGAUAUAUCUGUUAGUACGGCAAGUUCUUCAAUUUAAAAAUUUUUUAAUAUUUGUUCAUUGUUGAAUGCUCUCUCUGUAAGAAACAUGGAUUACAAUUGCAAUUUCAAAACAAGAAUUGUAUAGUUCCUGGGUAGCACAUCAUCGGAUGUCAAUAUGACGUCCUCUGUUAAUAUGACGUCACUGUGUCACCUGGGGUGUAUCAAAUUAAAAAUAACCAUCGAAAAUGUUUAGCCAUUGGAUGAUAUUGAUUACAUUGAGUAACAACGAUUCCUUCGAAUUUGUAUACAUUUUUAUACUUUUCGCCAUCUUCCCUGUAACGUAUGAUACAACUUUUGUGUCAAGUAACAUACAUAUAUUCAAAUGAUAUUGAAUUAAUCGUAAAGUAAGAUAAGAUUUCUUAUCUUAAAGUUGCUCUUUAGAAAUCUAUCUUUUGAUGUAACGAGCGAAUAGAAAUAAUUGGCAUGUCAUUUACUUUUCUUCUAUGAUGUUAUAUUUAGAAAUGUGAGUAAAUUUGUGUGUAGAAUGUUUUCUUUUUUAGUGCAAUUUAUCACGCGUGACGUGUUGUUGCGUACUUUAAUCAUUUAUUACACACAAUAAUGAAA